UCUGGGGCUUGGGGUGGGUGGUUCAUGUUUUCUCUUCAAAAUAUUUUUCUUCAACGCUGUCGGCGAUUAAUACAAAUGGAAAAAUAAAUCCCUGCUGAUGUAAAAUGACUCCUCACUGUCCACGAAGCAGGGUGUGGAGCCUUCAUCAUUCAUGAUUUGGGGCGGGCUAUAAACAAGCUUGUUGUCACCCACAUCCAGCCUGCCAGGCUCUGGGACUACAGACCUACGCACAAACGUCAGGGCUAACCAGGGACAGCAGCAUCCAGGGCCCUGGAAGAUACCAUGUGCUUCCAAAGCCCCAAAGGCUGCAUGAGAUCUGGGUGGGACUUAGAGCCUUGUCUUCAGCUUGGCCAACUGGGAUUCCGUAUUUUAAAGUCAAAACUAUAAUAAAAGUGACCAGGAAUUGAAUGUUCUAAAAUCAUUAGAGCAGCUUUGGUAGGGCCUCUGCUGCUAGGACAACUUUUGGCCAGCCCAUGCAGGGGCUUGUGAUCUAGUUUCUUUUUCUAAGGUCAUCCCUGCUCUGCAACCCCCACGGACAACCUGGCUCCCAUCCCUGCUGCGUCCCUACGGCCCUGGGCCCACCCUGCAGCCCUGUAGAUGAGACUCGGGUCACCAACCAAACUGGGGGCUCCCUGAUGGUGGGCCCAGGUCUUCUUCUCUGAGUCUCCAUUUGUGGAGGGAGGCUCUCUCCACUGUGGGCCAGCAGAAAGCUGGGCUCAGAGAAGGAAAUGGCAAAGGAUGUUCACCAGCCAGGGCAAGAAAUGUCCUGUGGCUCUCACAUCUCUGGGCCCUUGCUGUCAGGACAGGCACAUGGGAAGACUUAGGGACACAGUGGGAGGGGAUGGGGGCAUGGAGGCCCACUUUAGGGCCGGGGCUGAGUUGGGCACUGUGUCCUGCAAUCCUGUGAAUAUUUAGCUGGUUCUGUCCCUUUUGCUGGCUUCUGCCUAUGCAAACAGCAACCAGAGUAGGCAGAAGCCAGGGGCAGUGGUGUGGCGGCAACAGCAGGGGACUGUGGGGAGGGAAGAGGGUUGGAGCUCACAACGAGGACGAGGACGCUGACUGAAGGAGCCAACUCGGAGCCCCACCAUGGACAGCAGGGCAUGGGGUGCCUGCAUCCUCUGUUUGCUGAGCCCAUUGCCAAUUAUAUCCGGCCAUGUGCACCCAGAGUGCGACUUCAUCACCCAAUUGAGAGAGGAUGAGAGGUCAUGUCUGCAAGCAGCAGAAUGGAUGCCCAACACCACGCUGGGCUGCCCCAGGAUGUGGGAUGGGCUGCUGUGCUGGCCGACGGGGGGCUCUGGCGAGUGGGUGACUCUCUCUUGCCCUGAUUUCUUCUCUCACUUCAGCUCAGAGCUAGGGGUCGUGAAGAGGGAUUGCACUAUCAUGGGUUGGUCCGAGCCCUUCCCACCUUACCCUGUGGCCUGCCCUGUGCCCCUAGAGCUGCUGAUGGAGGAGAAAUCCUACUUCUCCACGGUGAAGAUCAUCUAUACCCUGGGCCAUAGCAUCUCCGUCGUGGCCCUCUUUGUGGCCAUUGCCAUCCUGGUUGCUCUCAGGAGGCUCCACUGUCCUCGGAACUACAUCCACACCCAGCUGUUUGUCACCUUUAUCCUCAAGGCAGGCGCUGUGUUCCUGAAGGACACCACCCUCUUCCACGGCGAGAACACGGACCACUGCAGCUUCUCCACUGUUCUAUGUAAGGUUUCCGUGGCCACCUCCCAUUUUGCCACCAUGACCAACUUCAGCUGGCUCUUGGUAGAAGCUGCAUACCUGACCUGCCUCUUGGCCUCCAAGUCGCCCAGCACAAGGAGAGCCUUCUGGUGGCUGGUUCUUGCCGGCUGGGGGCUUCCCCUGCUCUUCACUGCCAUGUGGGUGUGUUGCAAAGUGGUCUUCGAGGAUGUGGCGUGCUGGGACCUGGAUGACAGCUCUCCUUACUGGUGGAUCAUCAAAGGGCCGAUCGUCCUCUCUGUUGGGGUGAAUUUUGGGCUUUUUCUCAAUAUUAUCCGUGUCCUGCUGAGGAAGCUGGAGCCGGCUCAGGGCAGCCUCCGUGCCGAGUCUCAGUACUGGCGUCUCUCUAAAUCCACGCUUCUCCUUAUCCCGCUGUUGGGAGUUCACUAUGUCAUCUUCAACUUUCUGCCUGACAGUGUGGGCCUGAGCAUCCGCCUCCCCCUGGAGUUGGGACUGGGCUCCUUCCAGGGCUUCAUCGUUGCCGUCCUGUAUUGCUUUCUCAACCAAGAGGUAAAGACCGAGAUCUCACGGAGGUGGCACGGCCAUGACCUUGAGCUUCUACCAGCCCGGAGGACCCACACCAAGUGGACAAUGCCUUCUUGCUCUGGGGUGAAGGCGUUGACAUCUGUCUGCUAGGUUAGCCACAUGCGACUGGAGCGUACACCUGGACUUGGGCAGCUACAAUGGGCCCACCGCCCUCUGCAGGAGCAAGAGGGAUGGGCACCCUGAGAACCCUUAGGCCAUGCCUCCACCCCAGCUGCUG